UACAUGCGCUAUACACUUUGCCAUGUUUAUGCAGUACCAUCUAUAAAUUAAAAAUGCAAUUUUAAACAGCUAAUCAAUCAUGGUUCAGUUCAUGCAUUAUGUCUAAAAUAUGUCUAAGGUUCAAGAAAAAAAGUAGUAAACUAACAGCGCUUUAUUUGAUAAACACGAACAACGACACAGCAACAGGGCUUCAUAUACAGGAAUGCAAUUGUCAACACAGUAAUGAGUAAACAACCCCAGGAAGAGCGCUCAUACAUUGUGGUCUAGUGUCACUAAACUAAGAACGUACUAGGUGCCGGCUGUUAGAAUCCACUAAAAUGUAACAGCAAAUAAGAUCACUUUCAUAACUUUAUAGAACUGUACUUUAAGUGCUGUAAGUGAUGUUUAACUACAAACUUCUUCUGGCACAGUUCCGCAGCAGUAUCUCCAGUACGCCAAAAAAUAAAACAUUCUGUUCACUACUGUUGUCCAGGUGGAUGUUAAUAAAGUAUCCAAUCACUACAAUACGCCCGCCACAGAAACCCUGAAAACAACAGUCACGUGCUUGGUUUUAACCAGCUGAUCCCCAACUUUGUAUCAAACCCCGGUUAGUGAGACUAAGGUAUUUUCAGUUCGUUGCAAUUCACCUAGAAGGUUCGGCGAGCAGGAACUGUCAUGCAGAAAGCAGCAGUUUCUCCAGCACUGGGAACCAAAAUAGUGAUGCACACAAAUCCGGAAAGUGGUGCUUGUAUGUUUUCAUUGUGUUACAGUACAAAAUCCAGCCCGGUGAUCUUUGUCAGCUGAGAUGGAAUUAAACGCGAGCUGCAGGUAUCAGCUCUUGGAUUUGCCAUGGGAGGAUGUUCUGGUGCCACAUGUGCUCUGCUUCUUACCAGUGCGCCACCUAGUGAGCUUGCAGAGAGUUAGCAAGCAGUUUCAAGCCCUCAUCCAGGUCUACUUGGCCAACUGCCGCUCUUUUGACCUCUCUCAGGUUGGUCCUUGCAUACCCAAGCAGGCAUUUGGCAACAUGCUGAGGGACAACAAAGUUCUCCAGAACCUGACACUCCAGAAUUGUUCCAAUUGGAUUACAGACAAAGAGCUGCUUCCUGUGAUUGGUCAGAAUCACCACCUGCAGCAGAUUGACAUGAACGGAUGUGCCAGGCUGAGCCGCCAGUCCCUGGUGGCUGUGUCUCUCAGCUGUGCCCACCUAAAGCACCUGUCCCUGGCACACUGUGAGUGGGUUGACAGCCUGUCCCUCCGCAGCCUGGCAGACCACUGCGUGGGACUGGAGUUCAUCAACCUGACUGCCUGUCGGCAGCUCAAAGAUGAGGCCGUCUGCUACCUGGCCAAGAAGUGUCACAAGCUGAAGUCGUUGUCAGUGGCAGUCAACGCAAAUAUCAGCGAUGUCUCUGUAGAGGAGGUGGCCAAGAACUGUCCUCAGAUGGAGCACCUGGAUCUCACUGGAUGCCUUAGGGUCAGGAAUGAAUCCAUCAGGACUGUAGUGGAGUACUGUACUAAGCUUCAAUCUCUAAAGGUGAACCAUUGCCACAAUAUCACAGAGACCACUUUAGGUUUGCUCCGGAAGAGAGGUGUGGAGAUAGAUGUGGAGCCUCCUCUACAGCGAGCACUGGUUUUGCUGCAGGAUGUUGUUGGAUUUGCUCCCUUCAUAAACCUCCAGAUCUAACCAGAAUUCUCUCGGUUAUCAAGUGAAGUACAGCAAAUGAAGAUUCACUCAUUUCAAAAGACAAAGUUAUAUAUUUGUGCUGGCACAUGAGUACAAAAUAAGUAAAUAUAGUACAAAUGUACAGAAUAGUUACUACAGCAUAGGCUGGCGUUAGACUCUACAAGCUGUUUAAUUGUAUCUUACAUUACCAGCACUAUAUCGUUAAAUUAGUACAUCUGUUUAGUUAGCUCAUGACACGUGUGUUAACGGUUCAACAUUCAAAACCCACUGCAGUGGCCUAUUUCUUUUGAACACUGAUACACUGCCCUGGAUGAUAAUGACAAAAUGGACAUUGAAUGUGGUCUCCAGGGUUAUUUAUUUAUUUAUUUAUCCUCAGAUUAACUACAAACUACAGGAGAAGGAUGGACUGCAGAAGUAAAUCAAAUAUGUGUUUAUUUGGUUGUUAUUUAGCAUUAAUUAAUGUUUUCUUCAUUUUCAAAAUUGAUCUUUUCUGGUUUGACCGAGUUGAGGUUUCACCAAUAAAAACAAAACAUGUAAUUAUCUUAGUAAUUAUGUAAUUAUCAAAG